UGCUUUCAAUACAAAUUGUUUGCACCAUUGUAAAGUUCCGAGGCGUGUCAGCCUUUGGUCGUAUCGUUGUAGAAGAGGUUUGUUAGUUGACGAUCAUUUUUAAUGCUUUUGGAUAUCUAAGAUUAGGUAAACAUAACAGCUGUCAUGGAAAAACGUCUUCAAGUGAAGUCUAUUGUGGGAAUCAUUCUGAUAUUACCAGCACUAUCAAAGGCUGAUACGUGCGGAGUGUCUCAGAACUGUUUCCGGGAGCCAACGGAUUGCUUUCCAGCCACUUCAUGUACGUACUUCGUAGGCUGGUCCCUUUCAAACAGCGGAAAUGCUUUGGACAUGGAAUUCAGCAUGUCUGGGGCGAAUGGGUACAUUGCAGUCGGGUUCUCUAAAGAUCAAUUGAUGCCAAACUCGGACAUUGUCGGCUGCUUAUCCAAUGGCACUGUAAACCGUUACUAUGCUACAGAACGAAUGCCACCAAUACAACAGGAUGCUGGUGGUCUAACCAAUCAAACUAUCACUAUGGGUGAUGACGGUGUCCUCACGUGCUCCUUCACAAGAGAACUCAGCAACGAGAGCCUUCAAAACUUCUUUAACUUGAAUGAAGAUCAUUACAUAAUUUUAGCGAAAGGUGGUCUUGAUAGGGAAUCUAUUGGAUACCAUAUGAAUAACCGAUACAUCUCUGACUCGGCUUAUGAUCUCAAAUCUCCGGUUGAUACUUGCGGAUUUUCCCAGUCAUGUUUUCGAUCACCAGGCAAUUGCUUUCCCGCCUCUACGUGCACAUAUUUUGUUAGAUGGUCCCGUUCCCCGAGUGGGGAUGCAUUGGACUUUGAGUUCACAUUCUCAGGCAGUAGUGGUUACAUCGCCAUUGGAUUCUCAAAAGAUAAUAAAAUGCCAAACUCGGACAUUGUCGGCUGCUUAUCCAAUGGCACUGUAGAUCGUUACUAUGCUACAGAAAGAAUGCUUCCAACACCACAAGGUGCUGGUGGUCUAAGCAAUGAAAAUGUCACUAUGGGUGAUGAUGGUGUCAUCACGUGCUCCUUCACAAGAGAACUCAGCAACGAGAGUCUACAAAACUUCUUUAACUUGAAUGAAGAUCAUUACCUAAUUUUAGCUAAAGGUGAUAGCGGGGACGCUUUGUCAUACCAUAUGGGCAACCGAUAUUUCUCUGACUCUGGUUAUAACCUCACAUCUGCUCCGAUCUCUAUUGAUGUCACAGUGACAACACAGCAACCUGGAGAACCUACAGGUGAUACCUGCGCAAUUUCUCAGUCUUGUUUUCGAUCACCUGCCAAUUGCUUUCCUGCCUCUGUGUGCACAUAUUUUGUGGGAUGGUCCGUUUCCCCGAGUAGAGAUGCAUUGGAUUUUGAGUUCAGCAUCAAGAGUAGUAGUGGUUACAUCGCCAUCGGAUUCUCAAAGGAUAAUAAAAUGCCAAACUCGGACAUUGUCGGCUGCUUGUCCAAUGGCGCUGUAGAUCGUUACUACGCUACAGGAAAUAUUCCUCCAACCCAACAGGAUGCUGGUGGUUUAAGCAAUAAAAAUGUCAAUGUUGAUGAUGGUGUCCUCACGUGCUCAUUCACAAGACAACUCAGCGACGAGAGCCUACAAAACUUUUUCAACUUGAAUGAAGAUCAUUACCUUAUUUUAGCUAAAGGUGAUAGCGGGGACGCUUUGUCAUACCAUACCAACCGAUAUGCAUCUAACACCGGGUUUGACCUCACAUCUGCUCCGGUCUCUAUUGGCGGCAGUGGCAGUGACGACAGCUAUCUGAAAAAAAUUAAAGCACAUGGCUCUCUUAUGAUAAUUGGUUGGAUUGGCCUCGCCAGUAUCGGUGUUCUCACAGCACGUUACUUUAAAAAAGUGUGGCCAAACACGACAGUUUUCGGAAAGAAUAUUUGGUUUCGUAUCCAUUCCACGUGCAUGAUAACGGCUUGGCUAUCAUUUGCUUCAAGUUUCAUACUAAUUUUUGUGACGGUAGAUGGAUGGGUUGGCAAAGGAAAAGGAAAUACUACAUUUUAUCAUGCUAUAAUUGGGUCAACUGCUGUUGGGCUAGGGACACUGAAUCCUAUCAUGGCGAUUUUCAGGCCACAUCCAGGAACACCAAGGAGACCAAUUUUCAACGUGUUGCAUUUCUCCGUUGGUUUCCUAGGCUGGCUCAGUGCAAUUGUGACAGUGUUUUUCGGUGUCAGAAUCUAUUACAUGGAAAUUGACAAAGUGACUGACAUCGACGCAUUUAAUGUUUUGAUUGGAUUUGCAGUUUUUAUUUUGCUGAUGUUUAUUAUACUUGAAGUUCAUGGAUUCUGCAACAAAAAACAGGACACUCCGGGUGAUGUUGCUUUAGAUACUUUUGAUUCCGCAACAGAUGCACCAUUUAAACAAGGACAAAAUAGUUCAACACAAGAGAAUCCGGGUUCAACAGUGAAGACCAUUCUAUAUAUUCUGUAUAUAGCUGGUGUUUUACUCACUGUGGGUUACUUAGUUGUGACAAUCGUAAUGAAGGACUAGUGAAUGACUCGAAGUUUUCGAAGUUUAUUACAGACGUUAAUCGUUUUUUUUUUUUAGUUUUUGUUUUUUGUGAUUUUAUAGGUAGGCCUAUUGCUUGUUGACGAUUAUAACCACCUUCAUAUUACUAUUAUUAUUAUUAGGAAUAGAAAUGUCCUUUAAUCCAACCUGACAUAUUAUUACACAAUAUUCAAUAUGUCCACAAGUACUUGUAAAACGCGUUACACGAAUGGGAAACGAACCAACACCCCCAGAUAAACAAUUUGGCAUUAUAUAUUAUUAUUAUAUCGACCACUGUUUCUUGAGCUAAUGACUAGGUUUGAAUUCAAACACAACCGAUGGAUCUCGAAAUAUAUAGUAAUGUUUUUCAAAUUAUUCAUUUUAUAUUUUACAAAGUACACUACCAACAAUUUUGGAAAACUGUUGGUAAAAUAAUUCACAAUUGGUCAAAGAUAUUGUUGGUGUAUACUGGCCAACAGAAUAUAUAUGAAAAAUACUUAGAACUGAGUCCAAUGAAGUCUCAAUUACAAGUACUCUAUAUAGAAGCUAAAUUAAUACGUGGUACAGUAUAAGGUAUUAAGUUAGUUGAUAGGUGUGACAUAGAUGAUAUUUAAUUAGACUGUGUAUAAAUGUAUGUAAUGUAGUUAGAUUUAUAUAGCGUUGUAUACAGAAACGGUCUCAAAGCGCUCGAGGUGUGGACUAGCUGUUACAGUAACUUGCUUCUCCCUUAAAUGUCUCUUCACGUCUGAGCUACCCGGUGAUCCGGUCCUGCUACUCCCGUCUAUCCACAUCAGGGGCUGUAGUAAGGAAGUUAAAAAGGCUCCAGAUAUUUUAGUAAGG